AUGCCUGGUUCAGACUUCGGCGAGUGUAAUGAUGAGGAUUUCAUCAUUGAUAUUGACAGCAUCCAAGCCCAUGGCAUUGGUGCUGCUGAUAUCACCAAAUUGAAAGCAAAUGGAUACUGCACUGUUGCUUCUGUCCACGCUGCCACCCGCAGAACGCUUCUAAAGGUCAAGGGAUUCAGCGAAGUCAAAGUCGAGAAGAUCAAGGAAGCCAUCCAGAAAUGCUUGCCAUCCUCUUCGGGAUUCAUCACUGCCAUGGAGCUGCACCACCAGCGAAAGAAAGUCGUCCGCAUCUCAACGGGAAGCAAACAGUUCGACACUAUCCUCGGCGGUGGCUUCCAAAGCAUGAGCAUCAGUGAAGUAUUCGGCGAAUUCCGCUGCGGUAAAACCCAACUUUCACACACCAUGUCGGUGAUUGCUCAACUCCCCAAAUCUAUGGGUGGUGCUGAUGGCAAGGUUGCCUAUAUUGACACGGAAGGUACAUUCCGGCCUGAGCGCAUUGCGCAGAUUGCAGAGCGAUACGGUGUCGAUCCAGAUCUCGCACAAGAGAACAUUGCCUAUGCACGUGCACUGAACAGUGAGCAUCAACUUGAAUUGCUGAACAGCCUCAGUCGUGAGUUUGUGGAGGGUACUUAUCGCUUGCUCGUCAUUGACAGCAUUAUGAACUGCUUCCGUGUCGACUAUUGUGGACGUGGAGAGCUGGCUGAGCGACAGCAGAAGUUGAAUCAGUUUUUGAUGCGGCUGGCACACAUGGCCGAAGAGUUCAAUGUCUGCGUUCUGAUGACCAACCAGGUCCAGAGUGACCCUGGUGCUAGUGCACUAUUUGCCGGAGCAGACGGCCGCAAGCCUGUUGGCGGCCAUGUCCUUGCCCAUGCAUCGACUACCCGAGUGCUUCUUCGCAAAGGUCGGGGCGAAGAGCGAGUGGCCAAAAUCCAGGAUUCCCCCGACUGUGCGGAAAGAGAAGCAACCUACAUUAUCACCAAUGGGGGGAUCAAUGAUCCUGACAAGAGCUGA